AUGAUAACAUCAAUGUAUUUUAAUGAUUUUAAUGAUUUUAUUAAUUUAGAAAUAGGAGUUAAAAGAUUUCAAGGAAAUAUUGAACGAUUUCAUUUUAAUCCAAUUCCAUUAAAUGAAUAUUCAAGAAAAUUAUUUCCUAACAUUGAAACAUUUCAUAUUUAUAAUAAAUAUAAUGAAAUAUUUAAAGAUGGAAAAAUAUUUAAAUAUGUAAUAUGGUAUGAUAUUAGUUAUUCAAUAUAUUUAAAAGAAAAAGGAAAAUGUAAAAACAUAGAAUAUAUACAAAAUCAGAUUGAAAUAGAUAUUGGAAUACAAUACCAAUAG